AAACACAGUCGUACUGUUAUUUCUGGGUUUGUAAAAGGAGACGCUGCCACUUAUUAACAUUGAUUUUGCUUUUUCUGUCAUGGCAAUACACCAUUUAAUGAUCUUUUCUUUAUAGCUUCUAAUGACAGGUAUACAAUAAACAUUACAAGUAAGGAAUGUAUCAACUGUGACAACCCAGUGAAAAAAAUUGAAGAGACGUUACCCGUCAAUAUGACAAUCCCAGAGGGAGGACAAUUCUCUCCAUCUGCAGCCGCGGAACUUAUGUCUCAAAUGUCUGACUUGGUUACCAAGAUGAACGGAACUGCAGCUGCAGUGUCUUUAGGAGAAAGUGUGAAAGGAGUUAUAGUGAAACAAAAAGAUCCAACGGAAAUGAACGAAAUAUCUCUGGCUUAUGACUCUCCAAUACGAAAUUUUGAUUUAAUAGAAGACAGAGGAAAGCUGGUGGGCUAUUCAAGAUUUGUCACUGUGUCAAAGGAAGCCUUUGACAAAGCUAAAGGACCAAACAUGACAUCGCCCUUUGCUGCUGUGUUAAAAUUCACGAAUAUGAGUCAGGAAAACAUCACCAUUUUGGGGAAUGAGGUGUUAGCAGUGGAAAUGGGAGCUUCCAUCCAGAAUCUUACAGACACAGUAAACAUCUCAGUGAACAAGAUCAAGUUUAAAGGGAUUCCUGUUUGCAACUCGUGGGAUGGGAAAGGAGACGUAAACUGGACCACGGAUGGAUGUGAAACCCUGGUCAGUGGCGAUAACAUCAUUUGUCAGUGUACACAUUUGACUUUCUUCGCUAUCUUAUUGACGCCUCUGAAUGGCACCAACUCCAUCUCCACCUACGACCUGAACACCCUCACUACCCUCACGCGAGUCGGUUGUGGCUUGUCCAUGUUCUUUCUCUGCAUCGUCCUCUUUAUGCAUUUCCUAAUCAGGAAGACCAAACCCAACAUAAGCACCGUGCUGUUCAUCCACCUGGUGACGGCGCUGCUGCUGCUGAACUUCACCUUCCUGAUCAAUGACCUGGUGGCCAACUUGAAUAACCCCACAGGCUGUGAGGCCAUAGCUUUUCUCAUGCACUACUUCAUGUUGGUCACCUUCACCUGGUUCGCUGUGCACGCCUUCCACCUCUGCCUGCAGAUGUACAUGGGCAGCAAUGUUACCAUCAAGCGUUAUGUGCUUAAAGUCUCUGUGACCUCUUGGACUCUACCGAGUAUUUUUGGGAUUGUGUUUCUCAUCACCAAAAAGUACGGUGAACUAAGGAUCAACACUAGUGACUCUGAGAAUUUCUCGAAAAUGUGCUGGAUUACCGACAACAGUGCUCACAUGAUUGUCAACGUUGGCUACUACGUCCUGGUUUUUCUCUUGACCUUCUCUACAGUCAUCACCUCCAUGUACUGGCUGUGUCGUUUCAAGCAGAGCAAAACUGAUAAUGCAGACAAGAAUGAGACUAGCAAACGGAUUCUCUUCACUCUGGGCCUGUGCAGCCAGCUGGGGGUCACAUGGGGCUUUGCCUUCUUCGCGUACGGCGAAUUCCGUAUCCCGGCCUACUACAUUUUCACCGUCCUCAAUUCCUUACAAGGUUUCUUCCUGUUCAUCUACUACUACAACUCAGGCCACGUGGGAAAUGAAAAACUACAAAAGAAAAACCAGAAUACCAAAUCAAACUCCACCAUCUCCACUCUGAAAUCAGGCUGUGAGCCCCACGACAACCCCUACAGUACCUAAAGAUAAAGCAAUA